UCAAUGUGUUUCCGAGAUCGUGUCUACAACCACUUGUUAUACCAAAGUAACGGUACCCGCCGUCAACAGGAAGAUGUGGAUCAUAUUACAUCCCUUAAUUCUGUUGGGUUUUUGCCUGUACAAUGUGGCUGGCUUCCUGUUAGACCCUCUAUCCCCUCAAUACAUCACCCAACAUCACGGGAACGUUACCCUUGGUCAUGCAGUCAUUGAUGUCGAACACAGACGGGUCGCCUUUCUAGACGACAAAGGUCAGACCAAAAUUAAGGGAAACCUGGGCAUGACAUUACCUUCAGACACCCCCGCGCCUGUUAAAUCAUUAGAAGGAAAUUCCAACCUCCACGUUACCUGGCCUGGUGUUGCUGACCUUGAGGCCAAGAGCUUCACAAGAGAAGGCAUAGAGUGUACCCAAAUCACGAUGGAAGCAAGGUCGUGUGUGAGUCAAAUACUGCAAGACUGCUACAACAUGGAUGGAUCCCACUGGUACGGUGGUGCUGAGAUGAGGCAUCAGCUAUGGCCACUUGAGAAGGUCAGCAUGGACUUUGGACCCUACGUUACCAAUGAUAACCAUAUGUUUCCGUAUGGUAGUGUGCAGGAGCGCUACUUCUUCUCGUCGUCAGGAAUGGGAUAUUACAUUGACGAGGAUGUUCCUUUGUUUGUUGCUAUCAACUCGUCAGGAAACCAUCAGCUGUGUUUCCAGGCUAAAUAUUUCGGUGUGACGUAUAGGAACUACGACACGUGUCUGCCUUUGCUCAACUACACUGUGUGUCAGGCCCAAAAUGCCCUGUCUAUUCAUCAAGCUAUGUCCGGCUGGUACUUCCAAAAGCCGAACGGAAUUCCGAACGAAAAUGUUUUGAGAAAGCCAAUUUGGUCAACAUGGCCAGAGUAUAAGAAAAGCAUCAACCAGACUUUAGUGCUUCAGUUUGCUUCGGAACUUCAGAAAUAUAACAUGGAUGUCUCCAAUUUCGAAAUUGAUGAACAAUGGAUGCCGAACUUUGGUGAUAUUGAGUUUGAUUUAGAAAAGUUUCCAGAUCCUAAAGGAAUGAUAGCAGAACUACACAGAAAGGGCUGGUCUGCUACUUUCUGGAUCCCUCCAUUCGUAAAUACAGACUCUCCUAACUUUGAGUUAUUGGCAGCAAGGGGGCAUCUUCUGAAGGACAUGUCGGGAGAGAGGCCAGCCCUGGCUAAAUGGUGGGAGACAAACUACACAGGGGUCAUUGACUUUACCAACCCUAAUGCAUCAAAAUGGUACUUUGAAAACCUUGCUGUCCUGAGGACUAAAUAUGGUGUGGAUUCGUUUAAAUUUGAUGGAGGUGAUGCAAACUAUAUGCCGGCAGUGUACAAGCCAUACGUUGAGUUCAGAAACCCAAGUGUGUUUUCCAGAGCAUACGUGGAAGGUGCUGCCUCAUUUGACGACAUCAGCAGGCGUCAUGAAGUACGACCUGGAAGCAAGACUCAACAUAUCCCAGGAUUUGUCCGAAUGGUGGACAGGUAUUCAAACUGGUCAGACAACCAAGGCUUUAAGAGCAUCCUAACCGCAUCCCUCGUGUUUGGGAUUCUAGGAUAUCCCUUUGUCCUCCCUGAUAUGAUUGGUGGUAAUCUUCAGGACGAUGUCCCUGAUGCUGAACUCUUUGUUCGCUGGGUCCAGGCAACAACCCUCUUGCCAUCCAUGCAGUUCGGAAUUAAGCCUUGGAGAUACAAUUCCACAGUUGUUCAAAUAACAGAAAACAUGCUGAAUCUAAGAACUCAUUAUGCUGACAAGAUCGUUCACCUUGCAAAGCAAUCCGUGAUUACUGGCUUCCCAAUCGUGCGGCCCCUCUGGUGGAUUGCCCCCACGGAUGAGUCGGCCCUGACCGUGGAUGACGAGUUCCUCGUCGGGGACGACCUGUUGGUGGCUCCCGUCAUGGACCCUGGCGUCUCCCAGAGGAGGAUCUACCUGCCAGGUGGAACGUGGAGGGAUGAGAUCACAGGAGGGACACUCGCCGGUGGCAGAUGGAUCGACUACCACGUGAGGCUGGAGGAUCUCCCUCACUUCGCUAAACUUGCUUGAUGCAGUAACAUUUUUGGAAAAAGGGAAGUGCAAGACACGUUAGCAUUAUUGCGGAACAUUGAUCACUGACAGUUUGUAAACCUAGUCAUGAUUAAAUCAAGAAUAAUUACUCAUUAUAAUUCCAAAGUGACAUCAGUUCAAUUCAUUUUCGUGGAGAAAAUGAAGGCUUGGUUUAGUUUAAUGUUAAGUUGUGCACGCAAAUACACAACAUUGUGCAGACGUUAGGAGAAUGUUACAAGUGAACGUAACGUUGAGUGUGAACGUUGAAGUACAACCAUCUUUAACCAUUAGUAUCAUAUAUGGCCAUAUAAAGUUUCGUUAUUAUA